GUUCAGGAAUUAGAGUGAUAGACUUCGCAAGGAGCAUAACGAUGGCGACCACUCUGGCGGAACAAAUCGGUGUCGAAGAAACCGGUCCGGAUGAGUUUAUCUCACUGUUUCCACCCGCUCGAGGAGGGAAUCAACUGCCAAUUGCGUACGGUGGAUGUACAAUAGGCGUUGGUGUCCACGCUGCAUUUCGCACUGUGAAGCCCGGCUACAAUCUCUAUUCAGUCCUCGGACACUUUCUUGGGCCAUCAAGGACAGAUCAAAGGUUGACAUGUCGAGUCCAGCGGUUGCGAGACACGAGAACAUUCGCGACUCGGAGGGUGGAAAUAUCCCAGAGCCUUCCGAACGGAGAACAGCGGCUCUGUAUGACGCUGCAGGCUGACUUCCACGUCAGUGAACCAGCAAUGAUGGAAUACUCAGCGCCCCCAGAGACUCGAUACAGCGACGUCAGUCAAUGCCCGUCGGUGGACAAAAUAGCCGAAGAGCUUGUGUCGAAAGGCUACAUCACCGAAGAAGCUGCCCGUUCUUAUCGCACUGCCACCUCCAUCUUACUCACAUUCUUCGAAAAUCGAUUCUGUCCCGAGGGAAUCUGGGGGCAGACUCUCGGUGGAUUGGCAAAGCAAAUCCGAACGACACAAGAUCACCUGCCAAUCACCUCCAAAACCUCUGGGGAUUGGUUUCGAGCAACGCAGCCUCUGUCCUCGACAGCCGAACACCUAGCAGCUCUGGCGUUCAUGAUGGAUGCUGGACCGUCUUUCAUGCCGCUGAUACACAACAAUAAAGGUAUGCAUGAUGCUGGUGCUGCCUCAACGCUGGAUUUCGCUCUCAGGAUAUUUGUAAACGAUGUCGAUACAACGCGCUGGCAUCUCCGAGAGCGGAUGACCCGGACUGCCGGAGUUGGACGGAAUUAUGCGGAGUCGAGGCUAUGGGACCAGAAUGGCAGGAUGGUGGCUUCCAUGACACAGCAGUGCAUCCUGCGACCCAAGCCUAACCCGAGCGCUUCGUUAUAGACCAUCCUCACCCGCCCUGUCGCGCCUCGACGUGGAGCUGAAGCGCAAAUUUCCACGUGUCAUUGGAAGCAUAGAGCCGAACACAAGUGGAUCGACCACCAACCCCCAGUAUUUGAAGCCGGAGACAACUGGCCGCAUGUUCUCUUGACUUGACGGAUAGACUAGAGAUAAGAAGGAGACAUUACGAAGAGGCUUAUUAACGGGUUGGCUUGAAAUCUCGGUUGAGGGUUUCUUAUUCGUGC